GUAUUACAUACAUCCUGAGAUGUCAAAGGUCGUUUGCGACAGAUGUGCCCAAAAUUACAACACAUUACACAGUUUACCCUCGGGAACAAGAUCCAAGAUGGAAAGGUGUGAAUAUGGAGAGGAUUUCUGAUGACGUUGAUGUGCUUAUUGUCGGUGCAGGCCCAGCUGGCCUGUCAGCAGCGAUACGACUUAAACAGCUGGCUAAUGACAAGGGCAAGGAACUCAGGGUCUGCGUUUUGGAAAAGGCUUCAGAAUUGGGUGGACACACAUUGUCUGGAGCCUGCCUUGAGCCACGAGCUCUUAAUGAACUCUUCCCAGACUGGAAAAACAUGGGGGCUCCGGUUACACAGGAAGUCACAUCAGACCAGUUCUACUUUUUAACAAAGUCAUCAGCCUUGCCGAUCCCCUUAUUGCCAGGCAUGCCUCUAAACAACUAUGGGAAUUACCUAAUACGCCUGGGAAACCUUGUGAGAUGGUUGGGUGAACAAGCCGAGGCUCUCGGAGUUGAACUGUAUCCAGGUUGUGCAGCCAGUGAGGUCCUCUACCAUGAAGAUGGCAGCGUCAAGGGUAUAGCUACCAAUGAUGUGGGCAUUGCCAAAGAUGGGUCCCCGAAGGAUUCAUUUCAGCGAGGGAUGGAGUUUAAUGCCAAAGUGACAAUGUUUGGCGAGGGUUGUCAUGGUCACCUCUCAAAAACAUUGUUCAAGAAAUUUGAUUUACGGAAAAACUGUGAGCAUCAGUCAUAUGGUAUUGGGUUGAAGGAAUUAUGGGAGGUGGACCCAGCUUUGCAUAGACCUGGCCGGGUUGAGCAUACAGUUGGAUGGCCUUUUAAUACUGAUGGAAAAAACCUUUAUGGUGGAUCAUUCUUGUACCAUAUACAGGAAGAUGCCCCUUUAGUGUCUGUGGGAAUUGUGAUUGGUCUGGACUACAAGAACCCGUACGUAAACCCCUUCCAAGAGCUGCAACAGCUGAAGACCCACCCACACCAUGUCAAACUCUUCAAGAGUGGGAAAAGAAUAGGAUAUGGCGCUCGAGCUUUGAAUGAGGGUGGUUUCCAGAGUAUUCCAAAGCUAACAUUCCCAGGUGGGUGUCUCAUCGGGUGCAGUCCGGGUUUCCUCAAUGUGCCAAAGAUUAAAGGGAUCCACAACGCCAUGAAGAGUGGCAUGCUUGCUGCCGAGGCUGUGUUCGAAACGUUGACAGAUGACCAUAAGGUGGCCAGUUCAAAGACGGCCGGUCUCGACCCCGAAUCAUAUGAGGAUAAAAUAAGAGCAAGUUGGAUAUGGAAAGAGUUGAAGUCAGUACGGAAUGUACGUCCAUCAUUCAAUACUAGUCUCGGUGUCUAUGGAGGCUUAGCUUACACUGGUCUUGUGUACUAUCUCCUGCGAGGGAAAGAACCAGUCACCUUAUCUCAUGGAGAACCAGAUCAUGCAUGCUUGAAACCAGCUGCUGAGUGCAAGCGCUUGGAAUACCCUAAACCAGAUGGUGAGGUGACCUUUGACCUCUUGUCUUCGGUGGCCUUAACCGGCACCAACCAUGAUCAUGACGAGCCGCCACAUCUGACUCUGAAAGAUGACAGUGUCCCUGUAGCUAGAAAUUUGGCAAUCUUCGAUGGACCAGAGCAGCGGUUUUGUCCCGCCGGGGUGUAUGAGUAUGUGGAGACAGAAGAUGGACGUGGACAUCGUCUUCAAAUCAAUGCCCAGAACUGCAUCCACUGCAAGACUUGUGACAUCAAGGACCCAAGCCAGAACAUCAACUGGGUGUGUCCGCAAGGGGGUGAAGGUCCUGCGUAUAAUGGCAUGUGA